AUGGAAUCAAAUUCUCUCUGUUCUUCAAUUGUUCUUCCUUCUCCUUCACGUUCUCAAAACAGAGGAUUUGGGCAGGUAAAACCAACGCCAAGUGGCCGCAAAGUUUCUGUAAAAGCUGUAAUGGACUCCGGCGACUCAAACUACAGGAGGCAAGGGCAGAUGGUAGAUGAAAGCAUGAUUGUGUUGAGGAAACGCAUACGUGAGAUGAAAAUGAUAGAGAGAAACUACGAGCCUCCGGUCAACUGGAUGGCCUGGGAGAAGCAAUAUUAUUCAUGUUACGAUGAAUUAAUAUGCCAAGGCGUUGGGUUUUUGCAAUCUUAUUUGAUGAACUGCCGGCCGAGUUUGGCUCUUGGGUUGGUUGCAGUGGUGGCCAUGAGUGUCUCGGCUUCCGGCUUUAUGGUUGCAUCGCGGUUGUUAGAGUUGGCUAAUGGAGUUUUGUCUGCGGCCGGGCAUGUUGGUUGA